GCCAAAAAAUGUCCGAUUAUCACUGACUUGCUUUCAUUCUCAGCCAACGACGGUCAUCGGAAAAAGAUCCUAUUUCGACAAAAUCUUCAGACUAUUGCCAAAAGAUCCUGGCUCGUCGUGCAUGUCCGGAUUUUUUGGCCAUUCCAUUCAGGGGCUUCUGGCGCGAUUGUUUGCUUGGCCCGCCGUCGCGUAACCAAGGGUUUCUUUCUGGCGCUGCCACGGUUGACUUUGACAUUCAAACGCUCCAAGUGCUUUGUGGCCCCAAUUAAUUGUGCUUUUGCUCGCUGCAAUCGUACACUGAAUCUCCGUAUAGCAACGCCAAAGCUUGACAGAUCUCAGCCGCAUCGAACGCCAAAACAAGCAACAACACAAUGUGGAUGAGAUCUUGACAACUCACGGUAGAUUGGCUGAGCUGCUGUGCAGGGAGGUCCUGGGGCGAGAUCCAGCCCGGUCGGUUUGGUCUUCAUCCCAACCGAUCUCAAACUGAGGAGGACGGUAUUCUUUCUCAUUAUCGAAUACACUACUUUCUUCUUCUUCUCUUCUCUAUCAUAGCAUUUUCUUUGCAGGAGCCUCAGCAUCGUCCUGUUUUCUCUGUUUUCUCGGCUGUUUCUUCUUCUUUUAACGGUUUUGGUUUCCACAUGCCAGGCGCGCAAGAAACCAGUUGUCGGACUUUUCAUUUGGAUUCCUUUCCAUAACGGCACGGCUUCUUCAUUCUUCGAACGUCCCUGCGUCAGGUUUUCACCAUGGCUACCCUCCAAGUGCGUGGCGUUGGUGUCUCGGCCACCAAGCAAAAAGCCUUGGAAGAUGCCAAGAAGAUGCAGAUGCAUAUUGUGGAGGAGAGCAACAAGGCUGGAAAGGAGCCACCGCCAUAUCAUCUACUCGAACUCAUCGGGAAAGGCAGUUAUGGUCGCGUUUACACAGCAAACGACAUCAAAAACAGCAGAGUUGUAGCCGUCAAGAUGAUUGAUAUCGAAGAGGCAGACACGCUCAACCCCACGUUGGUGGACACUUACACGGAGAUCAUGAACGAAAUCAACGCCCUAAAGUUACUGAGCGAGGGCGGCGCCAAGAACAUCAACCAGGUUUUUGAGGCCUUGCCUGUACAACAAUCCAUGUGGAUCAUCACAGAGUAUUGCGCAGGUGGAAGUGUGUCAACAUUGAUGCAGCCUACCGCUCCCCACGGUCUCCAGGAGAAAUGGAUUAUACCAAUCCUUCGAGAAGUCGCCGAGGCUAUAUUCUGGGUGCACAGGCAGGGCAUUAUUCAUCGAGAUAUCAAGUGCGCCAACGUCCUUAUCACCGAGGCGGGCGGCGUCCAACUCUGCGAUUUUGGCGUUGCUGGUGUUAUUGAGAACAAAUUUGACAAGCGGACGACUGUUAUCGGCACACCCAACUGGAUGGCGCCCGAGUUGUUUGAUGGGUCAAAUUCAUACGGUACAGAGGUCGACAUCUGGGCUUUUGGCUCCCUAGUCUUUGAGAUUGCAUCAGGUCUGCCGCCGAAUGCACUCUCGGGUAUGGAAUUCCAACAGCUCGGCAGUUUUGUUAAGAAGCAUAGUCCUAGGCUGGAGGGAGACCAGUACUCAGACCAGCUCAAGGACCUUGUUGCCUAUUGCUUGGUCGAUGAUCCUGCGCAAAGGCCACCGAUCGAAUCUAUACAACAACAUCCUUAUAUUGCGAACACCGACAACAUGUACCCGACAUCCUCACUGGCGCUUCUUGUAAGAGCUUAUAGACUUUGGGAAUCUCAAGGUGGAUCGAGGAAGUCUCUUUUCAACCCCGGCGGAGCCCAGGGGCUUUCUGCAAAUGAUCUUUCAUCCACUGCUCUGGCAGAGGACGAAUGGAAUUUCAGCACCACAAUGGCGUUUGAUCAACGCGUGUUUGGUGACGCUGAUAACAAUCAGGCUGUUUAUGACGUUUAUGGGACAAACGUUGAGCUGCCUCAGCAAUUUAAUGACGAAACCACGCGCCCUUCAAAAACCAAGGGUCGACGCCGACCUCCGCCUCAUCUUCCUGUUCUCAAGGCUCCUUUGGAAAAAGUGUUUGACCCCAACACAAUAUCCAACUACGAAGACAAUUCAAGAAUGUACUACGGCAGGCCAAUGCCCCCUCCUGCUGCCGCACCAGCACCAGCACCAGCAGGUUCUGACUUACCGCUGCGGGAUGACUCUUUGCACUUGACGGUACGCGAGUCUUUGAUCGACUUGGAUGCUUCACUUGACGGGAGCGACUUGUCGCAAUUCGCCGACAUGGAAACCAUCAGGGCACCGGGUGGACACAAGUCCAUUGACUUUGGGGGCUACGAUGACAGCUCAGACUUCAAUAAAGCGCCGCUCAGCGACCCGGCAGACAUUGGCAAUAACAGACGGACCCAGGAUUGGAAGUUUCCAUCCAUGACAUCCGCGCCACUUUCUGCAAACCCCGAAAUUUCAAAUUUCUCUUUCAACGAGCACUCGUUCAAUGAGCUGGUUUAUGAUGAUGAACCCGAAGAAAUCCCCGAACCGUCUUUCAGCCGUCCAGCUUUGAUUCACCAUCCAACAGACCCUGUCGGCCUUCAGUCGCAAAGCUACAAUGAUUUGUCCGUGCCGCGCAUGCCAGACAACCGCGCGUCCAUGAGCAGUCUCAUCGAUCUUGACGAGAGUCUACCUGACAGCAUACCUGAAUUGAUGCGACCAUCGACAGCCAACUCGGACGUGGCGUCUGUCACGGGGUCGGACAUUGGUGCUCCAAACCCCUUUGAGUUUGAACGGCAUGCGUCGACAUACAAACCCUUACCGCUGAACUCUGCUAGAGAACCCUCGAUAUAUGUUUCAGACGACUCGGAUUUUGCGCGUCUCGGCAGCAGUGUGGCGGAUGCAGCUAGUGCUAGCAUGCCCAACUUGGUGCUCAAUGGCGGCAACGGUGAUGCUCUGGAUAGAAGGGAUCGCCCGGACUCGUACGAUGGUGCCAGUCAACCCGGGGGAUUGUAUGAUAACGGAGACUACCUAGAUGCCGAUUAUCUCUCCAUGGCCGAUCGCCGCACCCGCGAUCAGUACGGAGACAUGAGCGGGCCGUACUCUGAUCAGCAACAGCUGGAUGAACAACAAUACCAGCGGUCACAGUACCGACAACAGGAUCUGGUCCAGUCGUAUCAGGACGCAGAGAUUCCUCCGCUGCCAGAACCACCCUCGGCUAGGGUUAUGCAGGGUGUUGGGAGCAGGCAGGAGGCCAGCGAUGAGUUGCGGAGGAUGCUAGCUAGCUUCCAAGAGCAUCUCAGUUUUACAAACGCGCACCUUUCCAGUCUCCCCAUCCGCAGGAAUGCGGCAGGUAGACUGGAGCCGCCGGUUGUUGAAUAGGGAGAUUCCGUGGCUCUGCAGAGCAUAGCGGCGGUUGUGCACUGCGAGGUUUUCUUCUUGUUUCCAUUUGUCCUACAGUGUGUAUAUAUUUUAAAUGGGUGGCUUUUGAAAGUGACGCAGAGCGUGCAUUUAGAUAUUCAGUGGCGAUACAUUGGCAACUUACUGCAGCAUUUAUCGGCCUGCAUUUGGAGAGAAUGUUAUAUUAGAUUUAAGGCAAGAUAUAGAAAUCGAGGGAUAUAAGGAUGCAAUUGUCUGUUGUUGUAAUGGUUGACUGUUGAGAAUUGUCAAACAGGUUUCUUUGAUCUCCAGGUCAAAAUUUCAUUCCAAAGUUGACUCACGUCAAACCCCAAGACAG